CUCCAAGCCCAGCCCUCCUGGCCCUCUGUCACUCUGUGCCCUCUCUGUCCCUCUAAAUCUAGCUAAGCAAGCUCCAACGUAGUGUGCCCAGGGCCAGCCUCCAUCCACUUUAUUUUGUUCCUUUAAAAACGUGAUCGCCGUGAGAGAAUCGUGUCGUUACAGCGGGGUCAACCGUCAAACAGAUAUGGUCGAACAAAUUUGAACUUGGACCGUCUUGAUUUUGGACAUAUCUCUUUCUUCCCAAAAAAAAAAAGACAUACAUAGGGUAUUUCGAGAUACAUCGCCAAUAUCUGCGUUUCCAUUCUUUUUUAAACCGGCACAAUGCUGGGUUCCCUUUCAUCCAAUUUACCUUCACAAAGGACCCUAGUACUGUCCAUUGCGCCUGUUCUAGUUUCAUUCUAUCUUUUAUACAAACUCAGACCUUUCGAUGCACUCACAGAUUCCAAGAAGCGGGGGCGGGCAGAAAGCAAUGACCAGGCUGGACCUGGACCUGUAUGGGGCGGUACGAUGCGUAGCCGGCCCAUAAGUGAAGAUGAGGAAAACGUGAGCGACAGCUCCAACGAAGACGACGAUGAGCACGAUGACGAGGGAUCGGAAUCACGACCACCAUUUGAUUAUUAUUGCAUGUUCCGCCCUUUCUUUGAUAUUGAGAAUGAAAAUGAGGAUAAGGACGAGGAGGACCAGGUUGACGAUGAUGAAUUACUUGACCAAUACAACCAAGAAAUCCGGGCCGAGGACAACAUUGAAAUGAAGCCAGCAACGGAGCAUCCGGAGCACCGAUGGAUUGCCAUGUGGGAGACCUGGAAAUUGUUUUCCGCGUGGGAGAGGCGUGCCUCCUUCACCAACCCCGAUUUUUUUAACAUGUCUAUUUCCAAAACUUUCCACGGCCAUGGAAUGCAAGAAGUCAUUGAAAAUAUGCUUGUUGCUUUUGAUAAGGAGUUCGGAAAGAAGAAGCGCGAUAAGAAGAAUCUGAAGAAGAUGUGGGCCAUCAUCGCCGCCAUGAUGCAGUUUCUUCUAGAAAUUCCCCUCAACGCUUGGAUAUCACUAAACGAGAAAAAGACGGAGACCACGAUAGCCUUCAUUGGCCGUGCUUUCGUCUCCGCGCUUAACGAGCUUGACCGGGCUAAAAUGCUUAGAGCCGAUUCUGACAUCAAGGAUCUAGGCUUGGUCAUCACAUUUUACCUGUACUGGCUCGAUACCUUGAAGGACCAGGAAUUUGAGCUGCCGUACCGUAAAGAGGUCAUUGCCUACGCAAAGAAAGCUGGCAUUGAUUUGAAGGAGGCCGGAUGCUACGGCACGGACGAAAAGGUGAGGGCGCUGGAAAACGAGAGUGGCAAGAUUAAGCCACUUUCCGGCCAGUCUAAAGUUGACAGAUGGGAAUGGAAGCGUAAAUUCCGGAGAUUUUCCAGGGAGCACAGGAUCGGCGGCGAGAGAUACAACAUCCUGAAGAUGUCGCGGAGUGACCGCGCAAACUACGCCCUGGAUAAAAAGGACCCGCUGGCCGACAUCCCCGACAAAGCGAUCCAGGACGGCAACGUGAGGGUGAAGCCUCGCGGCGGAGUAGUAGUAGCAGCAGCUUCCCAUUAAGCACGGAGAAAAGUUAGUUUUACGGCAUUUGGGGGAGAAGAGCAUGCAUUCGUGCUUGGUUAUUGCCAAUAGUCUGAUAUCAGGUGGCACGUAGCUUUUUUGACCCCGUAGAACCCGAGUUCGAGAAACUCGGGCUCUACACAACCGUCUCACCGUCGAGACUGGGGGCCGGGCCAGGGCAUGGGAGGGGCUUUGUGAUUCGAUGGGAUCAUGGAUUACCCUUCGCGGAAUCGCCGAGCCAUCAUGUAAAGUAUACACAUGUAUGUGCCAUUCUCCCUACAUUGUAUGGGGUUGUGAAGUCUGGUAUACAUAUACAUAAAAUACAUAUUUAGGGAAAUUUAAAAAACGAUUUUGCUUCCACCAUCAUGUAUGUAAUGUAAUGCUUUCCCAGCACAUUGACUGCCCAGGUGUAUUGCACCCAGCUAUGAAACGCAAUCUUCGUUCACCUGAUGCCCCCCUUUCUCCUCAUCUAGGUACCUGCAUAGUACUACUGCUACAUACAUACCUAAUAGGUAUGUAGGUACCUAC